AUUAAAUACCUUUCAGUCAUGGAUCUCUAUCAUUUCCUGACAAAAAAAUCCCGACAAGAAUUAACAGGAACUAACACCAAGCCUAAUCUAAUGCAGGCUAACUUGUCAGGAUUUUGUUAUUGUCAGGAAAGUGGUUGUUCGGAAAAGAUCCCAUUAGAAAUAACUUCAGCA